CUGGGACUACCGCUCCCGGCGUGCACUGCGCCCUCCCUCCACCACCCGCUUCCGGCGCCGGGCAUGGGGGACAUGGCGGAUCCUCCUGAGGCGGCCGCGGCGGGGGCGAAGCAGAAAGAAAAACAAAAACAUAAGAACAAAAAGAAAGCGGCGACAGUUGAUGAAUCUGAACUUCUCACUGUGCCAGAUGGAUGGAAAGAGCCGGCGUUUACAAGAGAAGAUAAUCCCAAAGGGCUGCUGGAAGAAAGCAGUUUUGCAACGUUAUUCCCCAAGUAUAGAGAAGCAUACUUGAAAGAAUGCUGGCCACUUGUCCAGAAAGCCUUGGAUGAACAUUAUGUGAAUGCAACACUGGAUCUAAUUGAAGGAAGCAUGACUGUCACUACCACUAAGAAGACUUUUGAUCCAUAUGCAAUCAUCAGGGCUAGAGAUUUAAUAAAACUUCUGGCAAGAAGCGUUCCAUUUGAACAGGCAGUUCGUAUCCUUCAAGAUGACGUUGCAUGUGACAUCAUUAAAAUAGGCUCUCUGGUGAGGAAGAGGGACACUUUUAUAAAAAGAAGAGGACGACUUCUUGGUCCAAAAGGAUCUACUCUGAAGGCCCUGGAACUGUUAACAAACUGUUAUAUUAUGGUGCAAGGCAACACUGUUUCAGCUCUUGGACCCUUUAGUGGGCUAAAAGAGGUUAGAAAAGUUGUUCUGGACACCAUGAAGAAUAUACAUCCCAUAUAUAACAUUAAGACUUUGAUGAUCAAGAGGGAAUUAGCAAAAGAUCCUGAACUGAGAUCACAAAGUUGGGAAAGAUUUUUGCCCAAGUUCAAGCGGAAGAACCUGAAAAAACGCAAGGAACCAAAGAAGAAAAAUACUAAGAAGGAGUACACACCAUUCCCACCUCCACAGCCAGAAAGCCAGAUUGAUAAAGAAUUGGCAAGUGGUGAAUACUUCUUGAAAGAAAGGCAGAAGAAACGGAAGAGAAUGGAAGAGAUAAAGGCAAAGCAAGCAGAUGCAACCAAGAAAAGACAAGAAGAAAGAAAUAAAGCUUUUAUCCCACCAAAGGAAAAGCCAGUUGUGAAAACAAAGAAAGCCUCCACUGAGAAAAAAGUUGAUAUUGAAGCCAUCAAGGAAAAGGUAAAGAAUGCAAAGAAGAAGAAAUUAGGAGCACUUCCUGUGGAACAAGUCAAGUUAAAAAUGGCAGCAGAUGAAAAGAAAAAAAAGAAAAAGUAAUUCACCACCCAAGAUGCUCAUUUGUCUCCUACAUUAAUGAACAUUUUCAUACUUGGAGGAUUUGAGGCUUCUUGCUGUCAGUGUAAUGUGGACAAGAAAAGACUGGGUAGAAAGAUUAUUCUCUUUUCCUAAGUACGUUUUAAUAGGUGGACCUGAAGCAGCUGUGCAAAAUUGUGAAAGUUGGUGAAGAAAAUUUGUGCUGCUGUGUUGUUUGAGAAAAUAAAAGCAUGUACUUGGAUAAUAUCUAUCUGCCUAAAGAGGUUUCGUAAUAGAAACAUUUAGGAGUAUGCGGGAUGUUAAAUAUUAACAUCAGAGAACUCAGUGGGAGUUUAAGGUAACUCUUCUGUGAAAGACAACCAAACCACAUGCAGCCUCACUUGUGGUGAUAACUUUUGCAGACAGGGCAAGAUUUAUUACUAUAUUAUGCUUUUGUUUCUGUAAAAGCUGAUUAUUUUUGUGUCUGUUGUCUUGUUAAUAAACUAUUUUAAUACAUUGUU